GCCGACUCUUUGACCGAAGAGCAGGUGUCCGAGUACAAGGAGGCCUUCUCCCUGUUCCGAGCUUUUCCGUCUCCAAAACAAAUGGAGACUGUAACCUGCCAAAUUACAACCAAGGAGUUGGGAACAGUGAUGCGAUCUCUGGGCCAGAACCCUUCAGAAUCCGAGCUACAAGACAUGAUCAACGAGGUUGACGCCGACAACAAUGGAACUAUCGAUUUCCCAGAAUUCUUGACUAUGAUGGCCCGAAAAAUGAAGGAUACCGAUUCUGAGGAAGAAAUCCGAGAAGCCUUCAAAGUGUUUGAUCGUGAUAACAACGGUUUCAUCUCUGCUGCCGAGCUGCGCCACGUCAUGACCUCGAUCGGAGAGAAGUUAACUGACGACGAAGUCGAUGAGAUGAUUCGUGAAGCCGAUCAGGAUGGCGAUGGCAGAAUUGAUUGGUCAUAUUUUUACGUUGUCACCAACCUCCCCUUUUUGCUCUUUACGGUUUUGCCUUAUCGACUUACCCAUCAAUGGAUGGAUGCUGGCAACAACAUUGUUUUUAAGGACCUUGGUUAUAGUAACCAGUUAAUUACUUGUGUCUUGGCCCUUCUUUCAAUGUUCAUCCUCUAUUCUCAGUGGGACAAAUAUUGGUAA